AUGACCUGGCUGGCCGAGCCGAUCCCCACACUGCUCGCGGCCGCGCGGGAUCUGACCACGCUUGGUCUCCACCUGCCCUGCCGGUCCAACCUGCCCGAGCUUGUCGUGUGCGACGAGCACCGGGCCGACCUGUCCAGCGGCACAUUGCGACCUGUCAGGAACCUCAUCCUUGUCGGCGCGCUCGUGACCCUGGUGUCUGGCGCUGCUGGGCUGCUGGUUGGGCUCGCCGUUGGCGGUGGUGUGUCGCUCGUGCGGCCUCGACGUCCGACUCUUGCUACACCUGCACCGUCCACGCCGGUGGCGCCAGUGAUCACGGUCCUGACAGACAGCUCGGGGCCCGAGACCCAGGUCCUCGUCCAUUACCCAGAUGACGAGAAUGGCCUGGUGUGGCAUCAUCGUGUUCUCUUGUACCGUGUUGCCGGAGGCCGAUGGGUGUGCCUCACGCCCGACCUGGGCAUGCAUAUCCAUGAUCUCAAUGUGCAGCGGCACCGCAUCCUCGGUCGGAGAGAGCCAUUUCCGCCCGACAUUGCGGCCCGCUGCUAUGCCUUUGACGACGAUGGUGUUGGCCGGGCGCAGUUCGACGAGCUCAAGCGCCAGGCCCGAGUGCAGGCCGCCAUCCUCGGCGACGUGGAGUUCGAGGAUGCCGAGGAGGUUAUGCGGCUGGUGUAUGAGGCGGGGAACGACCAUUUUGGCAAGGAGGUCCCCGUCGAGGUGCUGGAGGACGAUCAGAGGUUCGUUUCCCUCGGUGCGCUGGGGGUUGUCGGCUGGCUGGGCGAGAAGCGGUUCGUGGAGCGGGUCGCGGCUGACAGGGUCGAUGAGUGGAGGCAGAGGCGCGAGGAGUCGGAGGGCGACUCCAGGAUCCUCGGCAUCCACCGCAGGCGCGGGAAGCGGAACCUCGCGCUGCACGACGCGGUGCAGCUCUUCAUUGAGGACAGCUUCGAGGAUUGGCCGUUCCCGCCGCCGCGUGCAGCGCUGGAGUACCUCGAGUCGAUCCGCGACGGGCCGGGCUCGAUGGUCGUCUACGAGAGCGAGUGGAGGCAGGGCAGCGGUGUCAGCGACGGCACAACUGCCCUCCACGAGCACAGGAACAACGCGGAGGUGCUCAGGCUGGCCCACCAGGUGGACCAGCUCAACAUCCCGAACCUGGCGUGCUUCGAGCAGUUGGUUCGGCGCCAGGUCCAGAUCGAGAUGGCUGUGGAGCGGAACGCGAAGCACCCUGACUACGGAGGCCUGGAUCUGGUGCUCGGCGGCCCGACGACGGGGGGCGGCGCUGCUUCCAGCAAGACCUUCCGCGACUGGGUCUACAAGAAGCAGGGUGAGCGCGCCCGGGCGCUCAAGCAGGCCCGGCUCUUGCGUGAGGGGCGUGCCCAGGAGGGGAAGCGAUCUCGUGGUGGCAAAGGUGAUGGUGAUGAUUCGAGAGGCCCGAGGAAGCCGAAAGGCCCCAGGCAGGGGGGCGACGGCAAGGGCGACAAGUCAGGCGGAGCGGGGGGCUGGGUCGGUCGUGCUCCACGGCCGACCCCGCCGCCAAUUUUGACCGCGGAGGUGCUGCCGUCCGACGGCGACUCCGAGCACGGCGGCGCCACGGGGGGCUCUUCCCUCUCCCAGCGCCUUCCUCUUCUCAGCCCGCUUCUCCCGGCGCCCCUCGAUACGUUCGACAGCGGCGGCUUGAAGAGCGGCAUCGGCAUCGGCGAGAAUGCGUAUGGGCUUCCCCCUCGAGACCUGGGCGAGAGUCGAGCCCUCGCGGAGCUCGCGGCGUCCAGGGACCUGUACUCGCAGGAGCCGAAGAAUCUCGCCGAGUACGACAUCGACAAGCUCAAGAUCUGCCGCUCGGGCACCGUGGCCAAGGGCGCAAAGUCGCUCUUGCCGCCCGACGCGGCCGGCGUCGCCCGACACUACGCCCACUGCAUCGAGAGGGACUCAGAGCAGAUACUGGAGUUGCAGGCCGCGCGGGACUUCCCGCGGCCGUACUGGGAUCCCACGCUUGCUCGAGAUCAGGGUGGGCUUCUUCUUCUCAUCGAUCGGCUUCGGCAGGCGAACCUCGUCAGCUUCCGCCGCAAGCUCAAAGCCAAGAUCGGGAUCUUCUUCGUCAAGAAAAAGGGCCCCGCUUGGAUCAGGCUCAUCAUCGACGCGAGGCAGGCCAACCGCUGCCAUCGCGCGCCGCCCAAGACGAAGCUAGGGUCCGUCGGUGGGUUCUGCGAGCUCGACCUGUCGGACUCCGCCCUUCGUGACCUCGGCGGCUUCGGGCCCGUGGCCGAGGUCUGGGGCGGGACCAGCGACGUCGACGACUGCUUCUACCAGAUGCUGGUCGAGGAGCUCGGCGUCUACGACGACGACGUCGGGGGGCGCGCCCCCAUCGACUCGACCGUCACCCUCUGCCCCGUCUUCCACGGCAUGGCGAUGGGGUGGUCCUGGGCGCUGCACCUGGCCAGCGAGGCCGUCGCCUUCCUGGCCAGCAAGAGCGCGUUCUGCCCGCGGUCGCUCGUGCGCGUGCGCGCGCCUGCCCCGGCCCUCCGGGUCGGGCAGGCCGUCUCCGGCGUCUACGUGGACAACUUCACGACCAUCGCCGGGGGCAAGGUCGACGCCGAGGACUCGAUCGAGCGGUUCAGGCGCGCGGCAGCGGAGGCCGGCAUCGGCGCGCGCGUCGACGGCGACGUCGGGGUGGUCUUCGAGAGCUUCGGGGUCGUCUUCGAUGGCCGGCAGCGCUGUCUGCGGCAUCUGCCUCGUCGUGUGUGGCGCGUCUACUUGGCCACGCGGGCCUUGCGGCGGCGCCGCUGGGUCCACGGGGACAUUCUGGAGAUCUGGAUGGGCCACGUGGUCAACCUGUUCGGCCUGCUGCGUCCUGGGCUGUCUUGCUUUCAGCAGAUCUACCCGUUCGUGGCUAACGCGCGGGGACGACGAGUUCGCCUCGCUGACGCCGUCAAGAACGAGAUGCGUCUGGCCCAGGGCCUGCUGUUCCUCUGUGAGUAUGACCUGGGCGCGGACUUCAGCCGCGAGGUCUACUGCUCGGACUUGUCGGACAUCGGCUUCGCGCUGCUCUCUACCAGGGCGACGGAGGCUGAGCUGCGGGAGCUUACCCGCUACCGCGAGAGAUGGAGGUUCAAGCUGGUGGAGACCCUCUCGGAGGUCGCCCUGGUCAGGCCCGAGUGGGCCGAGUACGUUGGGGGUCGCUUGCGGCCUGGAGGUGGAGCUGAUCUACCCGAGGGUGCCUACGCUGACGUCGCCGUGCGAGGGUCUCGACCCUGUGCCAUUGGCCCGCGGACGCAGUAUGGGCGCCUCCUGGACGAGGAGCGCCGCCACCGCCUGGCCGACAAGGCCGGCCGAGUCGGGCGACGGACCCGUGAGCCUCGCCCCCGGCCGCGCCAUGAGGAGGUCGAGGUGCCCAGUGCCAUUCCGCCAGUCGACCAGUGCUGGGGCGCGCCGCGCCGCUGGGCCCAUCUGCGGGUCGGGCGCUGGAAGUGGACCACGGAGCACAUCAACAUCGAGGAGGGUCGUGCCUCUUUGUUUGGCUUGCGGAGAGCGACCCGCACUUGCCACAACCACGGCGAGCGGGUCGCGUCGCUGGGCGACAACCUCGUGUCCAUCUGUGCUUUCGAGAAGGGCCGCGCGAAGUCAUGGGCCCUCAAUUCGCUGGCGAGACGGGCGGCUGGGUGCCAGUUCGCCGCCCGGGUUCGCUGGCACUCUCGGCGCAUCGAGAGCAAGCGGAACGCUGCAGACGCCGGCUCGCGUCUGCACCAGUCUGGAGGGUCGGCCGAUCGGUCGUCACAUCAUGUCGAGCCUCGUCCAGAGCAAGAUCCAGAGUCGUGUUCGCAUGGCUCGGCAGACCCUCCAGCUGCGACACCAGUCAAGUCACUCGGAGGUAGAGGACCCCUCCGAGCCGCUGUCCCGGGCAAGGAGACCGUGGCGCUCGAGCUCUUUGCUGGCGAGGCUGGCCUCACCUGGGCCCUUCGGUCCCGCGGUCUGCGGGUCGGGCCGCCCUGCGAACUGCUGCGAGGCGCCAAGUUCGACCUCGCCAGAAAAAGCAUUCAGAACCUCAUCAAGUCCUGGAUCCUUGCGGGCCUCAUCUGGUGCAUCCAUCUGGGGGCCCCAUGUGCGGCCUGGUCUAUUGCAAGGAGGGGGGUUGUUAAUCUGGAAAAGGCUCACGCCAUGGAGGCAAUCGCUGUGGAGCUGGCCAUUUUCACGGCCGAGGUAUGCACGUUGUCCUCCCGGUGCGGGGUCUUCUGGAGUCUGGAGAACCCUGCGUCAUCGGGGCUUUGGGAGUUCGGGCCCAUCGUGGACCUCAUGGGGCUUCCAGAGGUCUUCAAGGUCACCUUCCACAUGUGCCAGUAUGAGGUCUCCCACAAGAAGCCCACCACUAUCCUCACCAACAUGUUGGCCCUGCGCGGGCUCGAGGCGCAGCGGAGGAAGGUGGUGGCCGCUAGGUCCUCGGCCCCCGCGGAUCGGUUCUUGCAGGAGAGCACCGCGGGCGAGAAGUCCAAGGACAUCUACCGACGUGACCUCAGUCGUUUCUUCAGUUGGGCCGAGGAGCGUAGCCUCUCGACCAAGCCCGACGAGCUCGCGUCCACCAUGAAACAGUACUUCUACGUUAAGUUCCAGGAAGGGUACGGGCCCGGCUUGGGCCGCUCCCUGCACUCCACGAACUACAAGCUCGAGAGGGAUCGGCUCGGCGACGUCGAGAGGGCGCUCGCUGGCUGGGCCGAGCGGGCCCGCGAGACCGUGAAGGACCCCGCGCCUCAGGAGGUGCUGCUGGACAUGGGUGUCUGGAUGCUCGACCGCGGACGGGGUGAGAGUGCCUCGUGCAUGGCCCUGCAGCUGGGCGACUACGCCAGGCCCUCCGAGAGUGUGGACCUCGUGCUGGGCAACGUGCUGAAGCCGGUCGUCGGCGUUCGCGGGGCGCCGUCCCGCGACUGGGGCAUCGUCUUUGCCCCAGCAGAGCUUGGCUUCGUCACCAAGACAGGUCAGGUCGACGACUCUGUGGUGUUGGGCAGUCCCUCUCGCCUGUGGGCCCCACAGGUGGCAGAGGCUCUCGUGGCGCGAGCCUCUGGUGGCUCGCGUCGCUCGCGGGGCAGUCCGCAGGCUGGUCCUACGACACGUCUGUUCGACUCACUCACCUUUGCGCAGUGCGAGCGGGACUUCAGAGACGCCGCCAAGGCGCUCGGAUAUGAGAAGCUCAACAUCACACCGCACACCGUGCGGCACACAGCCCCCUCGCACGACAUCUACCACAAGCACCGGUCCUUGGAGCAGGUGCGACGCCGCGGCCGCUGGGCCGCCAAGAAGAGCGUCACUCGCUACGAGCGCCAUGCCAAACUCUUGAAACAGUACAGCAAGCUGACGACUGUGCAGAUGGCCAGGAUGAAUAAGUCAGUCCGUCAGUUCCCAGCCGCUGUACUCAAGUAUAUUCGUGGUCGUUGA